CUGUAUUACGUUGUCAAAUGUCAUGAUAGAUAUAACUUGUCAUAUUAUCCAAUUAUGUAUUUUCACUGGUCAAUUAGCCAAAAUGUAACGACAAAACGAUAUUUAUUUACCUAUAUUUACGAUAUUUACCUAUACUUACGAAAUAAAAUUACAAAAGUUUAACUUAAGACCUUCCUGCUACAACAGUAACAACUUUACCAAAUGAAUUAAAAUACAUUACUUGGUGGGAAAGCUAACAUUUUAACAAAUACUGAACAAAAGGAGCAAUGAAAUUCGUUCAAUUUGUUAAAAGGGAAAAUCCGAAUGAGAUUAGGGUUGGAUAUUUGCGUGGGGUUGGAGUGGUUGAAAUUUCCUGCAGGGAUUGUGCCAUGCCGCGUACUAUGCUAGAAAUAUUGAAGCAUGAUGUAGCUGAAAAAAUUAUCCACGUACCACAAAACAAUCCAGACGUUAUACCCUUGAAUAGCGUAGUACUAAUAGCGCCUAUCACUGGAGUAGACAAGGUGUUAGGCGUCGCCUAUAACUACUCAGAUCAGUGCGAAGAACUUGGAGCGGAAGAGCCUCGUGUGCCGUGUUUCUUCAGCAAAUUUCCCAGUACUAUCAUUGGACCGAACCAGGCUGUGAGAAUCAGACCUGUUUGUGAAAAAGCGGGCUGGCAAUUAGAUCUAGCCGUUGUGAUAGGAAAGAAAGCGAGUUCUGUAAAAGCGGAUCACGCUCACAAGUACAUAUUCGGAUAUACUCUAGCCCAGGAUAUUACUGAAAGAGAUUGGCUGCAAAAUCAGAAUGGCACACAGUUUUUGCUUGGGAAGUCACAAGACACAUUUUGUCCUUUGGGGCCCUACAUCAUGUCGUCAGAUGAGGCUGGAAAUGUGGAUAACCUGACAAUGGUAUGCAGUGUGAACGGAGAGGUAAAGCAGAAAAGCAACACUUCUCAAAUGAUACACAAGAUACCGGCUCUUAUAGAGAGGAUAUCUACUGUCAUGACGCUAUACCCUGGCGAUAUCAUCAUGACCGGUACGCCGGGCGGAAUUGGGGGUGCGCGCGAUCCCCCAGAGUACCUAAAACCGGGCGACGUAAUACGAAGCGAAAUAGAAAACAUCGGUAUAUUGACAACAAAAGUGGUUCAGUUUUGAUAUUGUAAUAAAAGUGUUUUGCAAGAA